AUGGUCUCCAACGGCAAAGGACCGUCGAAGGCGGUAUCUGCGGACAUCCGCCAAGUCAAGUGCCAAAUCUGUAUGGGGCAACACGACCCGUAUCCGGCCCGGUUCUCCAGGGUUAGAGGUGGCCAUUUCAUGGCUGUCCCCAAGUAUCUUGUCGAGAUUCCUCAUAAGGAUCUUCUGACGCAGAUCGCCGCCACUUUCCCUAGGAUGACCUCGUUCAUCGACUGGGAGAGGAAUGAUUAUCACUUCAGCUUCGCCUCGGACGAGGUCCUCAAGAAGGCUCUCGACACCCCACUGGUGGUGAACGGCUUUAUUGUUCCUACCUUUGAGGCCCCUUACAUCCCAUGGCCGUGUCAACGUAGAGAUAAUGAAUAA